GACCAAGGCUCGCUUAUGUCGUAGCUCUCGGCGCAAGUUGACGCCCAUCAGCGAUAUCACGGUGCCUCACAGAAUUAACCCAUCCGGUGGCGGUAAUGCACGAGCACGAGCUCUCGCCAAGGAGAGCCUUUUUCGUGUCAUCAAGCUCAACGUUGCAAGCUUGAAGCAAAUUGACGGCUUCGAGAUGCGAGCCGACGAAAGUUGGGACGAGAACGCUAUGGGAUCGUGGAUACAGCAGCUUUCUGAGAUAAAAGCAACUCUCAAAGCGACUCGAACCUGCGCCCGGCUUCUCUCUGGUGGCAGGGAUGACAAGCAACUUUAUUCCGAGUCGGUCAUCUACCGGUGUGUCGACACCUUUAAAAGCGUCACCGAGGCUAUCGUUAUUCCCUUGGUGGAACUGUGGAACUCGGGGCCGUGCGCGAACCUGUUGAAAAUGGUCCGGCGACAUAAGAAAGCGAUUGCUUCAGUCUUCGUCUGUUACCAGGGGCUGUGUGCCGUUCUUGCCAAACUAGUGACCAAGAUCGAGCUCCCAGAAUCAGUCAUAAUUACGCUGGAGUUCACAGCGUUGAAGCUCCUCUUCGCCGAGAAUGCUUAUCUCGGAGAGGACUCGGCCAUUGAGUUCUAA